CUCAUUUAUACAAUUAAGGUUAUGUUUUGAUUAUUUUAUUUUGAUUUAAAAAUGUUUAGUAUUAUGAAGGGAAUAUCACAAGUUUCUAGAUGUAUUUUCAACAUCACGGUCCCAAAUGAAGCUUCUUAUUCGAGGAUAUGUUACAACCAAACCCGAAACUACAGUGCAGCAUCAAAGAGAUUUUACAAAAAAACAGGAAUUUUACGUAGCGACGGCAAAUUCGAAGUUACAUUGGAUCAGAGGAGACUAAAGACGCCGAAAGGUGCUGUAUUUUCUGUUGAAAGUGAACCUUUAGCUUUAGCUGUUGCAACAGAAUGGGACACACAAAAAGAUACUAUACAGAGAAGUAAAAUGCACCUGACAACCUUGUGUAAUACAGUGAUUGAUAAUCCCAACAAUUCCACCAAAUAUGAUAUUGUGAAUUACAUCACUGAUUACUUGGAUACUGACACAGUAUUAUUCCAAGCAAAUGAUGAGGAAGAAUUAUUAAAAUUCCAAAUCAAUGAGUGGGAUCCAGUGAUAGAAUGGUUCAAUAAUAGAUUCAAUGUGAACAUACAAAAAUCUGUUCAAAUGGAUUUACCUCUAGUCAGUGAAAAUGAUAAAGCUACAUUAAGGAAGCAUUUAAUGUCUCACAAUUUUGCAGCAGUGAAUGGCUUCAUGUAUGGGGUUGACACAUUGAAAUCAGUGGUGCUUACACUUGCUUGUACUGAGAGAUUUAUUUCCACUGAAAAAGCUGUGUUACUGUCACGCUUGGAAGAGGAAUACCAGACAGGCCAUUGGGGUAGAGUAGAAUGGGCUCAUGAUCUGAGUCAACAGAGUUUGCAAGCUAGGUUGUCAGCUGUUGUACUUUUUGUUUAUUUUAAUUCACAGUUUCAUAGUUCACAAGCCAAAACAACUAGGUAGGUAAAUACUCAUAUUGUAACUCAUCAAGUAUAUGUAUGUUUACAGAAUUAAAAUCAACUCUUUAUUAUGGAGGUCUUUUUUACUUUUUAAUACAAAUGGAGUUCAUGUUUCUCCAAAACUAG